AUGGAAUUACUCAGCAUCUUCAACCCCGACGCGCUGUUCGAUUUCAGCGAUGCCGAUGAAGUUGCUCUCCUACAGCCCGAACAGUCCGGUGUCGAUGGCAGCAAUGAGGAUGGGGAGGUUACGCGUUGCGGGGAGGAGAAAUCUCUCCGCGAUCGCAUGCAGGAAUUUUCUUGCUACACGUUCAUGCGCAAUCUGGGUGCUGGGCUGAAGAACAAGACCAUAGAGCUAUAA